CAUGGGCUUCAUGAGAUCUGUCGCUCAGACGAGCUGUAACGGGACGAGCUGAGGCGCGUAAUCCGUCCGCUUCACAUGCAAACACAAGAAACCGCUCAAACUCACAGUUUCAUCUUACUAACAACAACGUCAACCGCAGGCAAUCAUGAAUAUUGACGUGCCUGUUAUUUUGUCCGCACUUUUCUUUACGAUCAUUGCCAUUAUAGUUGCAUCGACGCUCCUGGCGAAGAAACCGGCGCAAAAAAAAGAUCAGAAACAGAAACAACACGAGGAGAGAUCAGAGCGGGUUUCUGCGUAUCAGCAGCCCAGAGAGGAGCGACCUUCCCCGGCUCCGGCUCCUGCUGCUGCUGCUGCCCCCGUACAGGAGCUGGUUAUUGAAAAGAAAAGGGAAGAGCCCGUUCCAGUCGCUCCUGUUGUAGAAGCUGAAGUCAUCGCGGUGCAACAAACACCUGUACAGGCAGAGAUUAAGGCUGAGGAGAAGGCAGCUGUUGAGCCGAAAAACGAAGAGCCCGCUGCCGUCGCCCCUGUGAUUGAGGAAGUUGGUGUUGUAGAGGAACAGCCUGCAGUUGAACCUGAGGUUAUCCCUGUGCAAGAAACACCUGUCCAGGCAGCUCCAGAGCCCGAGCCUGUAUCCAAAGCAGCCGUAGAAUCCGCACCCGUGGAAGAGCCCGUCCCAGUGCAAGAGCCAGUGCCUGAGCAGGCUCCCACCAAGUCACCAGAACCACUGGCUGCCCCAGUAGAAGAGCCAGUGAAGGAGUCUGUCCCAGAACCAGUGCCUGAACCUGUCCCAGAGGUGCCCAUCCCUGAACCCAGCCCCGAACCAAUAUCAGUGCCUGCCCCAGAAAAACCGUCUGCACUCAGCUCAAAACCUGUUUCUGUGCCAACCCCUGAACCAGCGCCCGUCCCAGAGCCACCAUCCGCCCCCGAAGCAGCAUCUGUGCCCGUCCCCGAGAGCUCACCCGCGGCCGAAUCCCUUCCAGAGGUCCUAGAGAAUAAUGAUGUUGCCGCCGCUUUAGUGGCAGACGAGGCCGAGGCCGGUGACAAGAGGACCGCCAAGUUUGAGAAGAGAAUGACCAAUGAAGAGAUGGAAGAGGAGCAAAGAGUUGCUGAGUGAGCAGAAGUCAAAUCGUGUGGAAAAGUGUGUCCCCUAAAAAUGAAUCUCGAGGACCUUUGUGGAGUGACUUCUUCUUCGUUUGACUGUCUCUGAAAUGUGUUGUGAUGGAAACUGGGUUUUUCUUCUGUUUUCUGUACAGGCUACUUUGCAUUUCUGCCUGUGAAUAGCAAGCUUCUUAAAGCAAAACACCAAAGAACAUUAACAUUUGAAUAUUGUAUGUUCCUGCUCUUCUGAAAUACCAUCACGCCCUCUUGUGGACACACACACACACACACCGCUAUGACGAUCACAGGCUGAUGGGAAAUGUGCUCACACUGCAGAGUCACACAUCUGUGUAAUGAAAUGCAGAAUAUAGAUUUUUCUGUUGUUGGUAAUGUUAAAUAAUAAUAAUAAUAGGUGAAUCUCAAAAUCAUUUUACUGUCCAGGAGACAUUUCACCCCA